AAACAACGGCUCAUUCAUUCGGCUGAAACGGGAAACCGUUUCAUCUCUAGCAAGCUGUCGUUUCGAUACUAUCCAACCACGUAAAGCCACGUGUCACAUAAUAAAUGCGUUCCAAACACGCUAAAGAGAAAGGAAAAGAAAAAAAAAAUUAGAACGUGGUUUCGUUGUUAUCUUCGUUCCACGCCUCUCUCACCCCAUGGAAACCCUCCCAAUUCAUAACACUUUCAAUUUCAUUUCAACUAAUUUUCACUCCUUUUUCUUCUUUUUUUGAAAAGUGUUUAUGAUUUUGGGGUUAUUUGAUUUGAAUUUUGAAUCAGAUUUUGAUUUUUUUGAGAUCUGGAUUAUUAUGUCUACGGAGACGAUUUCGUAUUGGUGUUACAGAUGCAGUCGUAUUGUUAGGUUAGGGAGACAAGAAACGGUGGCUUGCCCUGAUUGUGAGAGCGGGUUUCUCGAGGAAGUUGACCAACCGUCGCGCUCUCGCUCUCUCUCCCGCCGCCGACGUUUUCCGGCUGCAGCCAUGUACAUGAUCGGUCAACGUUCUGGUUCUGGUUCUGAUCAUAAUCAUAAUUUUCGUCAACCUUCUCUCAGAAGUACUCGCCGGAACGGUGGUGACCGGUCUCCUUUCAAUCCGGUUAUUGUCCUUCGCGGCGGUGGUGGAUCGAUGGAGGUAACAGAAGGAGGUAACGAUAACAACGGCGUUGUUGGUGUUGGAGGAGGUGUUGGAGGAGGUGUUGGAGGUGGAGAGAGUCGUGGGUUUGAGCUUUUCUAUGAUGACGGUGCUGGUUCUGGAUUAAGACCUUUGCCUCCGAGUAUGUCAGAGUUUCUUCUUGGAUCUGGAUUUGAUAGAUUGUUGGAGCAGCUUUCUCAGAUUGAAAUCAAUGGGAUUUCGAGAUAUGAACAUCCUCCGGCGACAAAAUCGGCUAUUGAUUCUUUACCAACGAUUGAAAUUGAUAAUACUCAUUUGGAAAUGGAAUCGCACUGUGCAGUUUGCAAGGAGGCUUUUGAAUUAACUACUAUUGUUAGAGAAAUGCCUUGUAAGCAUAUUUAUCAUCCUGAAUGUAUUUUACCUUGGCUUGCACUUCAUAAUUCUUGCCCUGUUUGUCGUCAUGAGUUGCCGUCUGAUUCGGAUGCCGGAACGAAUGUUCAUCCGCAAUCGCAAGCACAAUCACCACCGCAAACACAAACACACUCGCAAGCACAAUCACUACCGCAAACACAAACACACUCGCAGUUGCCUGGUUUGAAUGAGGAAGAGAGUAAUGUUGGGUUAACUAUAUGGAGAUUACCUGGUGGUGGUUUUGCUGUGGGGAGAUUUUCGGGUGGGAGAAGAGGUUCUGAGAGGGAGCUUCCUGUUGUUUAUACUGAAAUGGAUGGUGGGUUUAAUAAUGGUGGUGAACCGAGGAGGAUUUCUUGGUCUUCUAUUGGGAGUAGAGGGAGGGAGAGAGGUGGUGGUUUGAGAAGGUUUUUUGGGAGUUUCUUUGGUUGUUUUGGCAGUGGAGUUGUGAAUCGAAGUGCUGUUUUGAGUAGAGAGACAAGGUCUUUGAGGAAUAAUUCCUCUCAUUCUUCAACUAUGGAUCCGUCUCCGCGGUCGCGAAGGACUUGGUCUAUGGAUGUAAACAGUGGAAUGAGAUCAUGGUAGAUUCUAGAUUGAUGUUAUAUUAGGGAAGCUAAAAAUUGUAACAUAGUUUUUAGCUUCCUUUGUAUUAGUUGAUCAAAGUUGAAGUACAUAAUGAAAACGAUUGAAUUCAAGGUGCACAAUGCAACCAUCAUGACAUUUUCUGCUGCAAAUAAUUUUGUAAUGUCUGAUGUUUCCUCAAUCUGAAUUGGAUCAAUUUACAAUGGACAUGUGAAGCAGCAUCAAUGGAAGAAAGUCAGAAAACAAUGGAGGAGAACUUAGUAGAAUGACGAUAACCUGUGCGGUAUCUUGUCUAUCUUUUGUGGGGGGAAAGGGGUGGGGGGAAUGAUUAUCAGUACCUUUUUACUUUGAUAAUGAAUUGGUUCAACUGAAUCACAUAAGCAAUGUUUAUUAUUUUGUGUUCAUUCUCAUCAUUGAUAAACUUCUUCUAGCUUCAAUUUUUAUGAUAUUUCAAAUUAUGGUUCAUUGGUUCUUCAAGAACAUAAGCCCUUUCAUUGAUUGUUGCUGAUGGCAUAAGCACAAUGCUUGUUUUUUCUGUUAGAAGUUAAAGUCAAACAUUUUUUGUUGAUCAA